CCUGCUCGGACAACUGUGGGGUACCGUGGCCAUGCAAUUAGGGCUGAAAAAAUUACUCGUAGCAUCUGUGUUGGUUGCUUCAACAGAGGCUCAAUGCCCAGGCUAUGCCGCUUAUGCGAGGACCCCGCAUCCGCCAUUCUCUUCGGGACCUUUGGCAUUGCCAUACAUGAGGCCAGAGCCUGCUUGCAGAACGUUUAACAGUACUGCAGUGGAGAAAGUUAUCCAAGACAUGAAUGGCCUUCUCAAAGACCCUGACCUCGCCCGGUUAUUUGAGAAUACUUUUCCGAAUACUUUGGAUACCACAGUUCGCUACUACAGCGAGGAACAUAAUCUCGCCUUUAUUAUCACUGGUGACAUAACAGCGCAGUGGUUGAGGGACACGGCGAAUCAGUUUGCCCAUUACCACUCCCUGCUCCGAGUGGAUCCAGCGUUGGCGAAACUCGUGAAGGCCGUGAUCAACAACGAGGCUCGAUACGUUGCCCAAUUCCCGUAUUGUGGGGCUUUCCAACCGCCAUCCGAAAGCGGUCUUCCCACUUCACACAACGAGUGGGCCGAUAAUGUCAUUGUGAACCCCCCCGUCGAUCCAGACAUUGUAUUCGAAUGCAAGUACGAGAUCGAUUCUCUUUGCGGUUUUCUCAAGCUGUCUAGAGCAUACUAUCAAGAAACCAAGGAUGAUUCUUUCAUCAACGACCAUUGGAAGCACGCAGUGGACCAAAUCUUCCGUGUCAUCAGAGAGCAAUCACAACCAUCCUUCGACGAGGAUUUCAACUUCAUCUCUUACUACAACUGGACGGGAAGUCGUGGCGCGUUAUCCCCUCGAGUAAACAAUCGGGGUAACAAUGAACCAAAGGCAUAUACCGGACUGGUGGGCACGUCUCAUCGACCCUCGGACGACCUCACCGUGUUCGCCUUCCUUACACCAGCCAACGCGAUGCUGAGCGUUGAGCUCAAGGAGCUUGGCGACGUCCUCGAUGAACUUGGAAUCAUGCAAAAUGUCAGCGCGCUGGCAAAGGAGUGGAGUACACGGAUUCGCGACGCCAUCUGGGAGACCACGGUUGUCGAUAAUAUCUUCGCAUACGAAACCAAUGGAUUUGGUGGGAGAUAUGUCAUGGAUGAUGCUAACGUUCCCUCCUUACUUUCGCUCCCGUAUCUCGGCUUCUUGGAGAAGGACGAUCCGACAUACUUGUCGACCCGGAAACUCCUGCUCUCCAAGAGAAACCCUUACUAUGCGCAGGGCCGUAACUUUAGUGGGAUUGGCAGUCUUCGACUAACCAAGAUGUAUGUGAACAGGCCUAUGUCACAGGUCUCAGCCAUAUUCGGCACCGAUGACGAUAGUGAAAUCAUGCACUCACUCUACCUCAUCGCCAAUAACACCAACGGCCUUGGAUUAAUCCACGAAUCACAGUCAAUCUAUAACGCCUCGGACUAUACCAGGAGCUGGUUCGCAUGGGCGAACAGUUAUUUCGCGGAGAUGAUAUUGGAUCUGGCAGAUAGGAAGCCGCAUCUGAUUUUGAAGGAGAAUAAAAGCUAUAAACCAGGUAGAACGUAG